AUGGCAACGAAUACAUUAAUUCAACGUAAAGUUCGCGAAUACGAAACGUUUCUGAAUGAUCGUCUUCGUGUUGACUUGCAACGGGCAUGGUCGGAACGAGAUCGUCUAUUUUCCGACAUUGCUGAAUACGAACGAUUACGUGGGACAUUGAACACUCUCAAUGAUUUGUAUAAAAGUCGGAAAGAAACAGAUAUGGAUGAUCCAUUGCAAACGCAAAUUGAUCUCGGCUGUUCGUUUUUUGUUCAAGCGGAAUGUCCAGUGAAUAAUCGAAUAUUUAUUUCCGUUGGUUUUGGUCUUUUCUGUGAAUUAACGUACGAAGAGGGACGAACUUUCAUCGAGAAUAAACUACCGUAUUUACAUGAACAAGAAGCUGAAUUAUCCAAGAAGAUUGCACAUAUCAAAGCGAAUAUCAAACUGGUUUUAGAAGCAUUGAAAGAAAUUCAGACGAUCGAUGAUAAAAAAUUGCAAACAACUGUUUCACCUUUUUGA